GCCAUUAGUGACGCCAGUCCUCACGUCCAAAACCAGCACACCUUCGCCCAGUCCGGGAUUUGUGAAAGACCCGUUUCACCCGGGCGCUCCGGGCGGUGAACUGGCCGGGGUCUUGUCAACCGGCACCGACCAUGCACUGACCGGGACAGCUGUCACAGUUAGCAAUCAAUCCCCCGACCCGACUGGUCUGGUCCGUAUCCGUAUUCGUCCCGAUAGUCAUGGACGCUUCGGGUUCAAUGUGCGCGGCGGAGCCGAUCACGGCGCCCCGAUCAUUGUCAGUCGUGUGGGGGCGAAUAUGCCGGCUGAUUUGUGCAUUCCCCGUCUAUCCGAAGGGGAUCAGUUGUGCUCGAUCAACGGGCGGGAUGUGGCCGGAUGCACACACGCUCAGGUGGUCAGUUUUAUUCGAGCUGCAAGUGAAGACCGUUCCGGGGUAUUGGAGUUACUUGUUCGACCUAGUGACUAUGUUCUCGACGAAUGGAAUAAUGACGAGCAGGUUCUGGAUUCCGGAGAUGCUCCACCGUUACCUCCACGUGCGUCGCACUCGAUCGCUCGUGCCACGUCCACCUCUGUCGGACUCACUGUGUCCUCACUGAAUGGCAGUAUUCGUCGUCUGAAUGGCAUCCCGGAUCCAACCUAUGCGAAUGCUUACCGUAAUCCGGAUCAUGGACUGACAACCGGAUCGGGACGGAACUCUAUGGUGGUGGCUGAUAUACAUCCGUUGCUUCAGUCCAUGCUCGAUUUGGAGUCGGGACUGGCCGACGGAUCGAUUUUGACUCAGUUCGAGGUGAGUAAUGGAGCAGUAUCGGAUGUCGAAUGA